CUGCCAUUAAACCAAAGAAGAAGAACAAGAAGUGGGAACAAUAAUACUGACGGACCAACAUGGCGGCGAAUUAUCAUACUAUAGGAAAAUACUACUUCUGUGUGAAUUGAUGUUAAAAUAAGGUGAUUUAAACAUUGUAGUCUCGCUAUUUUAUAUUUUUGUAUGAAAUCCAUGCACAUUUGCGUGUACGACCAUAGAGGAGUACAACAAAUGUGUGUCUAACUCAAGUUAGACACAAGGAAGCAAUGUGGGGUGAGAUCGAACCUCGCGUUAAAACACAACCGACCCCGUCUAAUGAAUCUACAAAGGAUGACCGGAGUACAACACCCGAAACCGCAGUGUUUGAGCUACGUGUUCCCUCCAUAGUCCCUCAGGAGCCCCUGGAAGACACGCAGGUGAUUCAGAAUGUUCCGGCUCAUGUCAGCGCUUUGUUGGAGGCUGUGGUUGUGAGUGGAAGCCAAGUGAAAAGUCAGCAGAUUGGGGAUGCUGAACUGACACCAGAGGAGCGUAAAAGGGAGCUGCUGCUUCAGUACAGAAACAAGCCACUGGUAUUCCUGGAGAGAUAUCAUAUCUACCUGAAGCCUGAGCAUCUGCGAUCUUUUGCCCAUGUCAGCGCCGACCCACGGACUCAACACUACGCGGAAGUGAUUCAUAGGCGAGCUGCAGAAAGCACAAACAGGACACGAGUGAGAAACCAGCGCUAUGCUGCUCUCAGGGCCUUGCAGAAAGGUGGUCAAUAUUUCAGUGAAGAAGAGAUGCGAACCAGGGAACCACUGCUGUAUGAACAGUAUAUUGGACAGUACCUAACCGAUGAAGAAGUGCUGGAGCGCUCCCAAGGGGCUAUGUUGGAUGGUGCACAUGGGGGACCUGAGGUACAAGGAGGAGUACCUGGAGGUCUCGCCCACCUGCUCCUCAACUCUUACCAAGAGCGUCUCACCCAGGGUCGUCUGCAGGAGGAGCAGGAGAGAGAGGAUAACGUGGAGGAGGAGGACGAGGAAGAUGAAGACACUGGAAUCCAGGAGAAGACCUGGGAGCCGACCAAUGAAGAGAAGUCUCUUCUACGGGAGGAGUUUAUCAGCCAGAUGCACCAACGCUUCCUUGAUGGCAAAGACAAGGAUUUCAACUACAGCGAAGUAGAUGAGAACCCAGAUUUCGACAACCUGGACAUCGUCAGCAGGGAUGCAGAGGAAAAGUACUUUGACGAAGAUGAUGAGGAAGAAGAUGAAGACGAAGAAAUUAUGACACAAUAGUGACUGCAGUUGUAAUUGGUGUUUUCCCUAAUAUUAAUCCAAGGAAAAAGUCUGGAGAAAGAUGAGUCAUCUUAUAUUUGGCAAGCUCGUCGCAGCUUUUCUUCCGGUCACUUACAUCUGCUGGGAGGGUGCAUCAAAGGUUGUGAAAGCACAAAGGAGUCAUUAUCAAAUACCCUUUUUUAUUUGUAGUCGACCAGUUAUUAUAUUGAUUGAUUGAAAACAUUUUGCAAUUAUUUCUUUUCUUUCACAAAUCUUUUCAAAAAACGUCUUGAGAAAGUGGCAUUGCGUUACAUUCAAGCCGAUUUGGUAAGUCACUGAGUUCAAAAAUUGUGUAUUUUUCAGUUUUAAUACAAUAUUGUUUUUAGACCAUA